ACAAGAACAAUAACAACAAACAAAAGUGAUUCAAGAUUCUUUAUUUGAAGCUGCAGUAGAAUAUUUUUUUUUUUGUACUUGUGAUUAUUUUGAAGUGCAAUGCCAUCGGCUUGAGGUUGACAUAGAUAAUCUUACCUAUCUAUAUAAGCACAUUCCAAUUCCAACGCCGAAAUGGUUUAUGAAUCUUCAUACGAAUCGGGGCAAAAGCCCUUUCGUCCCGAUCUGCAACGUGGCAAAUGGGAAAAACCCACUGACUAUCUAUUCGCCUGUUUCGGUUUGGCCUUAAAACUAGAUGUAUUUGUGGCUUCCUAUUGGUUCUUUUUUGAUAUGGGAUUAUUCGGUAUGAUGCCCUAUUAUAUAUAUAUGGUUGUCUAUUUGGUUCCCAUUUUGGUUGUUCACUCGUUUAUGGGUCAAUUUUCCAGCAGUGGUUUUAUAUCUGCGUUUCGUCUUUCACCGUUUUUUAAAGGAAUGGGCUUUGUCAGUUUAUUUUUGAGCGUAUCGAUGUUGGUUUACUAUGGCAUCUUUGCGGCUGUGCCACUUAUUUUCAUAAUUAAUUCACUGCGUCCCACUUUACCCUGGAGUUGUGAGGGUAUUGGAAAUUAUGCGAAUAUUUCCCACUAUCCAAUGACUAUUUGUAACAAAACGAACACAGAAUUGGAUGAUUUGAUGGCAAGUGACAAUGAAACGGAAAUAUUUCUCACAACUACAGUGCAUGUUCCAUCGGUUUUGUUCUUCAAACAUCAUUUUCAAAGUUAUGAUUCUGAGAAGUUCAGUUAUCUCGAGGAUGAGUAUGAACUGUCUUGGCAUUUUGUUGGCCUCUUUGUAGUGGUUUGGGCAAUCGUCGCAUUUAUAUUUUAUAAAUUCUCUGAGACAGCUAAAUUUGGCAAAUUCAUACGUUAUAUGGUUAUAAGCACUUUGGUUCUAUUACUUGUGUGCUUUGUGCGUUUUAUCUUUCUACCUGGAGCUCUGGAUGGACUUACCCAUUAUAUGAAACCUCGACUUGAUGAUAUGCUAACCGGUGGAGUAUCAACGUCUAUAAUGAUGUUACAGGCUCUUGGUGCUGGCUGGGGCAGUAUUAUAGCCUUAUCCAGUUUUAAUGAGUUUAAAACAAACAUUAUGAGCUAUAGCUGGAUUAUUGCCUUUGGUCAAAUAACUAUUUACAUUCUGUUUGGCAUGGUCACCUUUAUGCUGGAUCAUUUCUUUGAGGAAAUGAAGGCGGAUAGGUUUGAGUCCUAUGUGGAAAACCAUUGGCUUUUGUUCUUAUCUAGUGCCAGUGCUUUGGCUUCUUUGGAAUGGCCUAACAUGUGGACCAUUUUGUAUUACAGUAUGCUCUUAAUGGCGGCACUUAUUGUGAUGGCCACUCAGAUCUUUACAGUACUCAAAAGUCUUUUUGAUGAAUUCGAAGGAUUACGUCAGUAUAAGCAAGAAGUUACCUUUGGCGUAAUUGGUGGACUGGCCAUUUGCUCUUUCUUUUUCUGCACUAAUCAUGGUGUUCUAUAUUUCUCGAGCCUCAGUCUGGAUGCUAUCUUCUCUCAUAGCGUAUUACAUUUGUUGCUCCUUUUGGUCAUUCUAUGGAUCUAUGGACGUGAACGUUUUCAGCGUGAUAUUGAAUUUAUGCUAGGUCAACCAUUUGCCUCUUGGAGAAUCAUUGUUUUACGUUUUGUGGCUCCCCUGAUGCUAAUUUAUUUGCUGUUGAUGGGCAUCUUUAUUUCUGUAUUAGAGCAUUCGUUUUCCUCAACUGUUGUGCUGAUAAUAAGCACAAUUUUGGUAUUGAUACCAUUAUUAUUUAUACCCGGCUAUGGUAUAUAUAAUAUGUGGCAAGGUGCUGGAACAUUUUGUGUACGUUUCCGUAGAGCCUGUCGUCCCACAGAUUGGUAUCCUUUGGAGACAGCAGAUCGUCAACUAUAUGAGGAGGCCAUGGGAACCUCGGACAUAACGCAUCAAUUGUAUGAAGUUACGGAAGAGGUCAAUUGAGCUAAACCAAUGCAUUAAACUUACCAACAUAUUUGUAUAAAAUAAAAAUAUUAACAAGACAAAAAGGUGACAUA